GCUGUCGCUCUCUCACUACUCUAGUCUCUCUCAGUCUCAGCUGCUCUAUCAUUAUUAUAGGUUAUGUCUUCGGAUAAUAUGCUUUCAUUUAAUUAUGAUUUAAUUUUUGAAUAAUAAUAGUUUGAAAUAUUAUUUGUACAACAUCUUUCAUGGCUGCUUCAACAUUAUCUGUUACAUUAUUUUUGUGUUUAUUUGUUUGCCUGGUAUCCGGUUCAGAAUAUGGUGAGCAUUUCUUGGAGGGUGGACAUUUCAAAGAAUGCUGCACCAAUGUGGGAUUUGUCGAUCGAACGACUCCUCAAAUUUAUUGCUAUGCUGGGCAAGAAAAGCAUCCUCUUCGCACAUUCGAGACAGUCAUUAUGAAUAUCAACAUACCGCCUGAUUCCUACAAACUGUACGAAGGCUUCACUGCAGAAGAUGUUCUGCUUGAGUUCGAGUCGCAACAUUCGCUGUGGCACUACAACCCGUUCAGCUUCAAAAGGAAGGAUGUCAGAUUGAACCCAUUCAAUCAAACAUGCAUCGGAAUUGUGUCAUCCAGGAACUACAGAGUGGAGCUCAAUGUCAUAAAAGUGGACUACUGGAGAGUUGUACAAUUUGUGCUUGGAAUCCUGCUAUUCGUGUUCGGACCUCGGUUGAGUAAAAAUGUUUUCUUUUACUACGUAUGCGGCAUCACUUUUGGAGUUGGAGCUUCUUUUCUGAUUCUGGUUUACUUUAUGAGUCGUUUGUUUCCAAGGUUAAGACCUUUGAUGUACGGAUUCUUCCUGGGAGGAUCAGCCAUAACUUUCUACGCUUUCCAGCUGAUGAUGGAUAAUGUGCGCACCAUCUCGAUGCUUUACAAAGAAUACGUGAUUGGAUACUUCUUUACCACCUCACUCAUCAGCUUCAUCGUUUGCUACAGAUUUGGACCCGUCUCUGAUCCCAGAAGCAUCAACCUCAUCAAAUGGUGUUUACAGAGACCUUUGAUGUACGGAUUCUUCCUGGGAGGAUCAGCCAUAACUUUCUACGCUUUCCAGCUGAUGAUGGAUAAUGUGCGCACCAUCUCGAUGCUUUACAAAGAAUACGUGAUUGGAUACUUCUUUACCACCUCACUCAUCAGCUUCAUCGUUUGCUACAGAUUUGGACCCGUCUCUGAUCCCAGAAGCAUCAACCUCAUCAAAUGGUGUUUACAGGGCGCUGCUCUGGUAUCAAUAUUUAUGUGCAGCUACUUCCAGGAAGCAGUACUUGGAGUUGACCUUCUUCUUUUGGUGACUUACAAUAUUCCCAAGUCGUGGUUUAUCUCAAUCAUAACUCUCAUGAAACGAUUUCGACCAACACCGAAGAGAAAGCUUUUGAGUGAAGAUGAAUACCACGAGCAAGGGGCACGAGAAACGGCCAGAGCUUUGGAUGAAUUACGCGGCUAUUGUUCCAGUCCAGACUGUGACCAGUGGCGAGUUAUGACCCGGCUCAAGAAUCCCAUAAGGUUUGCGAAAUUCGUGCAAGGGUCGUCGCAUUUGGAUGAUGAUGAAGUUUUGGCGUACGAUGUCGAUUCAACAAAAAAUGGCAUUGCAUCUCCUCAAGAUUAUUUCACUGACGAUUCUGAUUGACGGAACGUCACUUCUUUCAAGUGCCUGUUGGGAAGCUUCUUGCUAAAUGAGAGCUUCACUUUCAAACUUUUUUCUCAACUUUUUGUAAUAAAAUAAUUGUGUAAAAUAUGUAAUAAAAAAAAUACAAAUUAGGUACAUUUUUUUAUGUGAACUCUAAUUGAUAGUUGUAACUCGUAUUUUGCUGUUGAUUUAGCGGUGCGCUUGUUUUAUGAAUUGGUUGAUUAAGCUCAAGAAGUUUUGACUGGGUGACGAUGUGGUUGUAUGUUUAAUCAAAUUACUGAAAUUUGAAUUUAGUUAGUUUUAGUUUUAACAUACAGUAUUAACAGAUUUUUUAGUAACCUGUGUCAAUUGAUAACCAAAUGUGCCAAUGGCUGUCAUCAAAAUAGUUUCGAGACAUUUAAAAUCACAAUUUUAUUUACUUCAUAUCACUUGAAAAUGGCAUCAAUGUUGAAACAAUUGAUUGAUAAUGAUACGAAGGCAGACCAAUUUUGCUAAAACAAUUAAAACCAUCUUAGUAGAAUUUAUAGUCAAGUGAGUUGUUUUGACUGAAUUGAAUGAUAUAUGUAAAUUGUCAUUGUAAAUUUUGCGAUUUUGUAAAUAAUUGUCGAUCGAGUAUAAUUUUAAGCGUAACUGGUCUUUGUAAAAAUGUUAGCUAGUUUGGAGUUGUAGAAUUUUCUGAGGAUAUUGUUAAUUAACGCGUUAUCGAAUGCUAUUUUAUUUUAUCAUGUUGAUGUUACGUUUCUUGAUCGAGUAAUUUUUAAAUUUAAAAUGCAAAAUCAAACUAAGUGUCUCAGGAGAUAUUAUAGUCUGAUAAUAGUAUAUAUGGUAAUCAAAAUGAAAUCAAGACACUAAAUAAAAUUUAGCAGAAAAAACAGUUUAGAAUUCUCUUACAGAAUAGAGACUAUAGUGAGGUCCACAUUAUAAUGACAGUAUUUAAUCAACUUUGGUUUUGCUAUCCUUGUCACCUUGUCUAUCAUUCGACAAAGCCGGUGGUACUAUCCUUUUCUAAGUCCACAACGAUGCCAAUUGACAGUGUAGAAAUAUAAUUAAUUAAUGCAGAGAAUCGGCAUCGCUAUUCUUCUAUCUUUAUCCACUGCCAUUAUAACGUGGACCUCACUAUAGACAUUUUUUUACUAACAACAGCGUUUUAAAUUAUGGUUUAUGAAAAAUCAUUUUCAUAAAUCAAUUUUGCAGAGAAAACUGAAAUAUUAUAAAAUGAAGCUAGAGUUUCACCUUCCAUUCAAGAUUUUGAUUCAGUUUAUUAAUUUCGUACAUGCUACUCAUAUUCCUGAUAAAAUUUAUAUUGAUUUCUUAGUUUGUUAGUUUUCAAGUUAGAACCAUUUUUUUGUAAUUUUCCAUUUAUGAAUCUAGAUUAUUGGAUUUUUUUUAUUUAUUGAUACGAUUUUUUGUUAACUCAAGUUUUGAUAUUAACAAAUUAUUGUUUCGGAGUUUAAGACUAAAAAGAAAAAGAUGCUAAUUAUUAAAUACCUAUUAUUAAGUAAUACAUUUUUUGAAAUCUUAGAUUAUUAUUUUCAUCAUAAUUUUUCAAGAGUUUAUUGACGUAAUUAAGUUUAGUUUUUUCCAGUUAAUUUCAACAUGAAAUUCUUCAAACACAAUCAUCCAAUUCAAAACUGAAACUUUGUACUUAAUGACUAGCUUUAACGAAGCAUAUUUUGUUCAUGCGAAUAAUUCUGCAAUGUUCUGUUUAGUUUUGUUGUGGUUUAUUUAAAAUACAAUUAAUUAUUCAGUAUUUUAAACAGUAAGCCUGUUAUUAGUGUAAUCAAGUGUAAACUGCUCAAUAUAUUAAUUAUAAAAUGUUGUAUUAAUUGGUUUGAAAAAUGAAUAAAAUUGUGACAAGUUUUUCUGCGCA